UCGAAACGCAGUUCGAAACCGAACCAUGGAGAUGACGCUGCCCUUCUUUCGAAAUGGAGGCGGCUCUACCAAGAGCAAGGGGAUCACAACCCGAAAUGCCAUUGCCAAGGCCAUUGACAUUGCAAACGAUAGCAUCAGGAACAUCAACGGCAAGACUACCGAGAACAAGCCCAAGAGCAAGAAUCCUGGUGACUGCGAUUUUGACGAAGACGGUGAUGACGAUGCCAACUCCACCUCCACACCUCUUCUUCUUCCUCCCCUUAAGCGAUCCCGAAGCGAUUCUCCUACAGGAGUAAUGGACGUUCACUUCUUCCAGGAAGAUAAGAAUAGCAACAAGCUCGACGACGACGACGACGACGACGACGAUGGCUUUGGGCUACUUCCCUUCUCGACCCUCACCUUUCCAGACGAUGAUAGCGAGGCUACUUCUUGCCACUCGGAUGCUUUCAACGCCGAGAACCAUUACACCGAUGCCGGUAUGGCCCAUCCCUUUCUCGAGGAGAUCAACAAGGCAGCAAGUUCGAGCAGCAGCAUCGAGCCCCUCCCCCUCUUGGCCUCRGUAUCCCGCGAGCUCUCCGAUCUUCUGCACCAAUACCUCCCCAAGACUAAGCUCGAGCUCUACGAGGGUCCCAUGGAAUUCGAGGACGAGAUCGAGGACGGCCUUGCUUCUGGAAUGCAAAUUCAGAACACGACAAUGGCCACGAAAGCGUUGCCAAACAUCGAUGCGAACAAGAACACCAACUCGUACUCCAAGCAGCAGCAGCAGCAGCAGCAGCUCCUCCAGUGCUUCAACAGCAACAGCAACAGCAUCCACAUGAACAUGAACAUGAAUGCCUGGAAAAGAAACCUCCUUCCUGAUUUUAAGCUAGCAACAGAUGCAAUGAUCAAAGAUACCUCUAUGACCUUUGGGGGAAGCAAUCUAACUCUCUUUCAGUUCCUUAUGGGGAACACCAAUUUCAACUUGAGAUACAAACCAUCGUCUUCCAAGGCAACAGCUGUCGCCGCAUCGUCCUCCAAGUUCCAAGGCGUACUCAACAAGCCGAGCAAAAAGGCAAAGAAACAAGCAGUCAAAUCAGCUGCUUCCAACUCAUCGAAAGAUAGGAACAACAAGAACAAGAGCAGCUAUGCUAUUGACAAGAUCACCAAGAGAGGCACCAACAAGAAGCACAACAACGGCAGCAACAUCUCCGUAUACGCCGCCCGUCCCUCCAAGAAGCAGCGCCUCCAGUCGGCCGCCACCACCCUCCUGCUCGAUAAAGUCCAGCUCCGUGACGACGUCCAGAAACUCACCGUCGAAAACGACGUCGACGAACAGACCCGGAUUAUCGAGCACACCUGGGAUCACAACUACAACAGGCUCGUCAAGUUCUACGAGGCCAACGGCCAUUCGAACGUACUCCGAAGCGACCCCGACAAGCAGCUCAGUGGGUGGGUCAAGCGCCAGCGAAACAACCUCAAGGACCAAAAGCUKAGUGCCUCGCAGAUCCAGAAACUCGACGACCUCAAGUUCGUCUGGAACCGCCUCGAGGGAGCCUGGUACGACAAGUAUGACAUGUUGGUGGCAUUUGAGUCCAG